CGAGUGUUUCCGGGUUGAUGGGCUUCCCUGUGCUCUCCAGUAACUUCCACAGGCCGUGAACUCCCAUCGCAGUCCCUUCUCAGGCCACUAGGUGGCGAUAAACAGCAUCUCAGUGAGAGGAAGUCAGAAAUGGCGUUUUCCGGGCCGGGGCUGUGAGACUGAAGGCAAAUCAUCCAGACCGUUAUUGCGUGCAGUUCUUUACGAUUUCAUCCUCCGGCUUCCUCGACCAUGUCUGCAGACAUCAUGAAAGACCCGUCUGCCGUGUUCGUUCGUGGCCCUGGCGACGGCAUGGAGAUGGAUAAAAUUGUGCUGAAAGCGGAGACGUCUGUGGAGCCUCUAACGCUAAAAGCGUCUCCACCCAGACAGAGUCCCAGGACUGCGCAGACGUCCCCUGGUGUCCUUCACCUGGGAAAAGUGAACAGGGAAUCCUGCACCGAGGUGGAGGCCGUGCGCAUCGUCGUCCCGCGUGCCGCCAUCGUCAGGAGCGCCCGAGCCGUCGUGCACGCUGACAGCAAGACGGAUGAAAGAGGAUCAGGAUCGCCGUACCACGGUGACGACCGUCCCCCGUCCCCGUCCUCAGAACCACAGGACUUUAAGAGCGUAGUGGAGAAGCUGCAGAACUCAGAGCGCAGGCUGCUGCAGGACAAAGAGGGGCUUUCGAACCAGCUGCGUGUUCAGACCGAGGUAAACCGUGAGCUGAAGAAGCUUCUGGUGGCGUCGGUGGGCGACGACUUGCAGUAUCACUUUGAGCGAAUGUCUCGGGAGAAGAACCAGCUCAUCCUGGAGAACGAGGUUCUGUGCCGCAACCUGGCGCACACGGUCGAGCAGCUGGAGCGCAUGAGCAUCCAGUGUGAUGUGUGGAGGAGCAAAUUCCUCGCCAGCAGAGUGAUGGCCGAGGAGUUGACUAAUUCCCGAGCUGCUCGUCAGCGGCAUAUUCGAGAGGCUCAGACCGCAAUCCAGGACCUGCUGCGUGAGAGAGAGGAGUUCUCCCGAGACAUGACGCACACACACAGGUCUCUGGAGCAGCUGCUAGUCUCACUACAGUGGGGCAGACAGCAAACCUAUUACCCCAGCGCGCAGCCGCUCAGCACCGGAGAACUGGCUGCAGCCAAUCGCAAGCUGGCUGACGCCAUCAACUCGCACCUGCUGGGAAACACGGGCAAGAGCAGCAGCACGAGUGUGAAGAGCAGCUCAGUGUCAGAACUCUGCAACACACCGGCGGAGAAGAUGGCCGAGAAGGUCCUCAGGAUCCUGGAUCCAAUUUCCUGCCCCGACUCGCCGGGUGACUCGGUGGAUCCUGACUCGAUCGCCGUGUCUCCUUUCCUUCCUAAUAAGAAAAGCAUCGGACGUUUCCACCCGUACACUCGCUACGAGAACAUCACCUUUAACUGCUGUGAGCGCUGCAGCGGAGAGCUGCUCGUGCUCUGAGACACGCUCAUGUUAAAGCUAUACUCCAGUCUGCUUUUUCUUUUAUCUCCAUCUACUGCUUCUGUAGUUUGGGAUUUUUCCAGACAAAACACUUUGAGACCCGAGACCCUGUUUCACGUCUAACAGACGUCUAAGGGCAGAAUUCUGAACUCACCGUCUGAGUUAUGUUCAUUUCACAAAGAGAUGGUGAAGAACUGAUGACAAAAACAGUGAGAGAGCGAGAGAGAGCGAGAGAGAGAAUGAGUGAGAGCGAGAGAGAGAAUGAGUGAGAGCGAGAGAGAGAAUGAGUGAGAGCGAGAGAGAGAAUGAGUGAGAGCGAGAGAGAGAAUGAGUGAGAGCGAGAGAGAGAAUGAGUGAGAGCGAGAGAGAGAAUGAGUGAGAGCGAGAGAGAGAAUGAGUGAGAGAGCGAGAGAGAGAAUGAGUGAGAGAGCGAGAGAGAGAAUGAGUGAGAGAGCGAGAGAGAGAAUGAGUGAGAGAGCGAGAGAGAGAAUGAGUGAGAGAGCGAGAAUGAGUGCGAGAGAGAGAAUGAGUGAGAGAGCGAGAAUGAGUGAGAGAGCGAGAAUGAGUGAGAGCGAGAAUGAGUGAGAGCGAGAAUGAGUGAGAGCGAGAAUGAGUGAGAGCGAGAAUGAGUGAGAGCGAGAAUGAGUGAGAGCGAGAAUGAGCGAGAGAGAGAGCGAGAAUGAGCGAGAGAGAGAGCGAGAAUGAGCGAGAGAGAGAGCGAGAAUGAGCGAGAGAGU